AUGGUCAUGGAUACGGGAAAGUGUGGAUAUUGCGGGGAAAUAAAUAACAAUGGGCAGAGAAAACAACCGAACAGAUACUACAUGUCUUCAGAUAUUGGGACGGAAAAGCUACUAUACAUCGCCAGGGGAUCGGUCAAAGUUGACAGGUGUCCGAAUCUGUGCUACGUGGAUACCAUAGAUUGGAGCAAAAUCGGCGCUGCUAAGCUAUAUUAUAGACGUCCGUCCAAUAGCAAGUGUGAAGGAUGUCCCAGAUAUUGUGAUGAGAUUCUAAAACUGAGCGAAGAAAUUGAUACUUUGUUUGGUAGGGUUUUCACGUGUUGUAGGAUGAGUAUUCUCAACGUUACACAAAAACCUCUUGUUGAUAAUUCUAUUACAGAACUAGAGUAUCACACUUAUCAACCUUUUAUCAAUUCCAACUUUGACUACAACGAUGACAUUCGCAUUGCUGUUCAAGAACUAGAUGCCUAUAUCCUCCCAUUACAAAGUCUUUUGUAUCUCGAAGGAGAAUUAACCAAAGCCGAUGGAACUGCUGUUACUACUAAAAACGCUGAUGGAACUACUGUUACAACUCUGCAAUUAAUCAAUAACGCUUUUGCUUUUCUGUUCCGUGAGCUCCGUUAUGAACUGAACGGAGUUGUAGUGGAUUCCGUUCGAAAUGUUGGUCUUACCUCCACCCUUAAAGGGUAUCCGUCUUUUAAUGAAAAUGAGAGUUCACGCUUGCAAAAUGCUGGCUGGUUCCCAAAAGACACUUUUAUUUCUGAGUCUGGCAAGUUCAAUGUUUGUAUUCCUUUAAGCAUGUGGAUGGGAUUCUUUGAAGACUAUCGAAAAAUUCUCCUCAAUAUGAAACAGGAGUUAGUAUUAAUCCGUAGUAGUUAUGACCUUGAUGCUGUUGUAGCAACUACUACAUCCGAACAACCAAAAAUUCGGAUUGAUAAGAUUCAGUGGAGAGUACCCCACGUAUCUGUUGACAUUCCUCAGCAACUAGCUCUUACAAAAAUUCUCAACAAAAACAUGGAAAUUCCACUAUAUUUUCGCAGUUGGGAACUAGUAGAGUAUCCAUCACUCCCUGAAACAACGCGUCACACCUGGCCAGUCAAAACUACAACGAAGCUCGAGACCCCUAGACAUGUUAUCCUAGCCUUUCAAACUAAUAAAAAACAAGUAUCUACCUCCAAUAUGUCACAAUUUGAUCAUUGCAGGUUGACCAAUAUUCAGGUUUUCCUCAACUCCGACCGCUUCCCAUAUAAUGAUCUCUUUUUGGAUUUUAAAAACCAAAAAUUUGCUCUCUUGUAUGAAAUAUACUCAAAAUUCCGCUCCUCCUAUUAUGAGAGUGAAAAUGAACCUCUGUUUUCCCCAAAAGAUUUCCUUUCUAUUGCCCCUAUCACACAUAUUGAUUGCUCUAAACAGAAGGAAAGUAUCCAAUCUGGAUCGGUGGUUAUGCGAAUUGAAUUUGAGACAAGUGAAAAUGUUCCUCCGGAAACAUCUGCUUACUGUCUCAUCCUACACGAUCGCGUUUUCACCUACAACCCUUUAACCAAAAUUUUUAAACAGCGAUAG